UGCCCGGCGCCGCUGGGUGGGGUCCCCGCAGGCGCCACCCGCUACUCGACCCCGGAGUCCUGGGAGGGACCUGGCCCGCCCUCCGCCCUCCGCCACUCCGGCCGCAGCCAGCAGCGGGGGCGGGGCGGUGCUGCGCAGGGGCGGACCCCUAACUUUUCUCCAAAUCAAAAGCCACUGCGACGACGAAAGCUGCGGAGCCUCCUCCACCGGUGUCCUGCUGCCUGGUUCCUCCGGCCUCGCGUCCCGCUGGCUGCGCCACCCGCCGCUGCCGCCAUGGCCAAGCCCCUGACCGACCAGGAGAAGCGGCGGCAGAUCAGCAUCCGCGGUAUCGUGGGCGUGGAAAACGUGGCGGAGCUGAAGAAGAGCUUCAACCGGCACCUGCACUUCACGCUGGUCAAGGACCGCAAUGUGGCCACCACCCGCGACUAUUUUUUCGCCCUGGCCCACACGGUGCGCGACCACCUGGUGGGGCGCUGGAUCCGCACGCAGCAGUACUACUACGAGAAGUGCCCCAAGAGGGUUUAUUACCUUUCUUUGGAGUUUUACAUGGGCCGAACGUUACAGAACACCAUGAUCAACCUCGGCCUGCAGAAUGCCUGUGAUGAGGCCAUUUACCAGCUUGGACUGGAUAUAGAGGAGUUAGAAGAAAUGGAAGAAGAUGCUGGGCUUGGCAAUGGUGGUCUUGGGAGGCUUGCUGCCUGCUUCUUGGAUUCCAUGGCAACUCUGGGACUUGCAGCCUAUGGCUAUGGCAUUCGAUACGAGUAUGGAAUCUUCAAUCAGAAGAUCCGAGAUGGAUGGCAGGUAGAAGAAGCAGAUGAUUGGCUCAGGUAUGGCAACCCGUGGGAGAAGGCCCGCCCCGAGUUCAUGCUGCCUGUGCACUUUUACGGAAGAGUAGAGCACAGCGAGUCUGGGACCAAGUGGAUCGACACCCAGGUGGUCCUGGCCUUGCCAUAUGAUACCCCAGUGCCUGGGUACAUGAAUAACACCGUCAACACCAUGCGCCUCUGGUCUGCUCGGGCCCCCAAUGACUUUAACCUCCAAGACUUUAACAUUGGAGACUACAUUCAGGCCGUGCUGGACCGAAACCUGGCCGAGAACAUCUCCCGGGUCCUCUAUCCCAAUGAUAACUUUUUUGAAGGGAAGGAGCUAAGACUGAAGCAGGAGUACUUUGUGGUGGCUGCUACCUUGCAAGAUGUCAUCCGACGUUUCAAAGCCUCCAAGUCUGACUCCACGGAUAGUGCCACAACCGCAUUUGAUGCCUUUCCAGAUCAGGUCGCCAUCCAGCUGAACGACACUCACCCUGCUCUCGCCAUUCCUGAGCUGAUGAGGAUUUUUGUGGAUAUUGAAAAAUUGCCCUGGUCUAAGGCGUGGGACAUCACCCAGAAGACCUUCGCCUACACCAACCACACGGUGCUCCCAGAAGCCCUGGAGCGCUGGCCUGUACAGCUGGUGGAGAAGUUGCUUCCUCGACACUUGGAAAUCAUUUAUGAGAUAAAUCAGAAGCAUUUAGAUAAAAUUGCAGCCUUGUUUCCUAAUGAUAUUGACCGCCUGAGAAGGAUGUCUCUGAUAGAAGAGGAAGGAGGCAAAAGGAUCAACAUGGCCCAUCUCUGCAUUGUGGGCUCCCAUGCUGUCAAUGGCGUGGCCAAAAUCCACUCCGACAUCGUGAAGACCCAAGUAUUCAAGGACUUCAGUGAGCUAGAACCACAUAAGUUUCAGAAUAAAACCAACGGGAUCACUCCAAGGCGCUGGCUCCUACUCUGCAACCCGGGACUUGCAGAGUUAAUAGCAGAGAAAAUCGGGGAAGACUACGUGAAAGACUUGAGCCAGCUGAGGAAGCUACACAACUUCCUGGGUGAUGACGUCUUCCUCCGGGAAAUCUCCAAUGUGAAGCAGGAGAACAAGCUGAAGUUUUCUCAGUUCCUGGAAAAGGAGUACAAAGUGAAGAUCAACCCUUCCUCCAUGUUUGACGUGCAGGUGAAGAGGAUCCACGAGUACAAGCGGCAGCUCUUGAACUGCCUGCACGUGAUCACAAUGUACAACCGCAUUAAGAAAGACCCUAAGAAGUUAUUUGUGCCCAGAACAGUUAUAAUUGGUGGCAAAGCUGCCCCAGGAUAUCACAUGGCCAAACUGAUCAUAAAGCUGAUCACUUCUGUGGCAGAUGUGGUGAACAAUGACCCCAUUGUUGGAAACAAGUUGAAAGUCAUCUUCUUGGAGAACUACAGGGUGUCUCUUGCUGAAAAAGUCAUUCCAGCCACAGAUCUGUCGGAGCAGAUUUCCACCGCAGGCACUGAAGCCUCAGGGACAGGCAAUAUGAAGUUCAUGCUGAAUGGUGCCCUGACCAUCGGGACCAUGGACGGGGCCAACGUGGAAAUGGCAGAGGAAGCCGGGGAAGAGAACCUGUUCAUCUUUGGCAUGAGAGUGGAUGAUGUGGCUGCUUUGGACAAGAAAGGGUACAACGCAAAAGAAUAUUACGAGACACUUCCAGAGCUGAAGCUGGCCAUUGAUCAAAUUGACAAUGGCUUCUAUUCUCCCAAACAGCCUGACCUCUUCAAAGACUUAAUCAACAUGCUGUUUUAUCAUGACAGGUUUAAAGUGUUUGCAGACUAUGAAGCGUAUGUCAAGUGUCAAGAAAAAGUCAGUCAGCUUUACAUGAAUCCGAAGGCCUGGAACAUAAUGGUACUCAAAAACAUAGCUGCCUCAGGGAAGUUCUCCAGUGACCGCACAAUCAAGGAGUACGCCAGGGACAUCUGGAACAUGGAGCCUUCAGAUCUAAAGAUUUCCUUAUCCAACGAAGCUAGCAAUGAGUUGUACAAGGCCAAUGGAAAGUAAGUCGUAAAAUGUCUCCAGAAAAAAAAUAGCUUCUUAUGGGACUUGAACAUUUUUGCAACAUUCUUUGAUUUUAUUUUGUUUAGUUAACUAACAGUCCAGUUCAGUAUCUCGGGGAAUUGGGAGGGGAAAGUAUGUACCUGUAUUGGCUAAAAAUAAAGUGUCAAUUUCCAGGGCUA